AUGGCUGAAGACGGACACGAUAGGGGCCUCGUGCCGAACAAAUGUGCAACUAUGUGCCUGUUCGGGUGUCUGACCACCAUGGGUUGUCGCUCAUCCAUUGUCCGUCGGCUGGCCUUCUACCCGCCGCAGCCGGCGGGGUACUCCAUCGGGACGGAAGGGCAACUCUACAUUUACGACGGUUCAACUAGCUCGCAGCAGGGGCAGCAGCAGACGGCGCCGCCCGAGGACAGCAUCAACAGCGCGUCUGGCGCGGCGGCGGCGCAGCCGGAGGAUUCUCCUCCUCAGCAUUUGCAGCGCGAGAGUGCGCAGCAGCUGCUCCAGCGCACAGGCCUGCCCGAGCGUCUGAAAGUGCUGUCGAUCCCCUGUGGACGCCGAGUCGCCCUCGCCGGCCUGUUCAUCUACCACCCCCUCCCGCCGGCCUCUGGCUUGACUGGGCCCGGAUCGGAGACGCGCCCCCGGACGAGUCGCUCGGGCUCGGAGACGCGCGCGGCGGAGACAGACCUCCCGGAGGGGGACGCCAAGGCUGCGCGGCGACAGACGGACGGCGGUUCCAGCCGGAACGGGCCGUCGGCGAGGCUUGCCGAAGCGGCGACCAGCCGGGAAGAACAGAUGAUGGAGGAGAGCGCCAAGCGCCUCCCGUGUAUCAUUUUCUCUCACGGAAACAGCACAGAUAUUGGUUACAUGUUUGGUCUCUAUUAUCGGCUGGCGUAUAGGUGCCGGGUAAAUGUGUUGGCGUACGACUAUAGCGGCUAUGGCUGCAGUGGAGGCAAGGCCACAGAAAAGGCAUUGUACAAGAAUAUCCGAGCAGUCUGGAGUUACGCAACUCGAGUGCUCCAGGUGCCGCCUCGUCAGAUCAUUUUGUACGGCCAUAGUGUUGGCUCUGCCCCUUGCUGCGACCUUGUGAUGAGAGAAAAGACUUAUCCAGUUGGAGGCGUUGUGCUCCACUCUUCGAUCGCAUCAGGUCUUCGCCUGUUUAUCGAGGAAAUCGACAAGGCACCGUGGUUUGAUGCUUUCCCUAACGUGGAAAAGUUAAGGAAGGUCAAGCACACCCCUAUUUUCAUAAUUCACGGGCAAAUCGAUCGGCAGGUCCCUUGGACGCACUCCCAGAGACUCCAGACAGCGGCACUUGCUGCGGAUGCUGACUGGCUCAAAGAGCAGGAGCGUAGACGGUCGAAAGGGAAAGCGCGAGGACAGAAAUCGUCUAGUGAAGAGAACGAACAGACACAACUCACCGCAGCUGCGGCGGAGGAGAUGCAGGCACAGCGUGUGCAGGUGUGGUGGGUGGGAAACGCUGACCACAAUGACGUCGAGCAAAAAUCGGGGGAGCUUUACUACAGACGCAUCGGAGACUUCGUUAACUUCUGUCACACGUGGGCGACGACCCACCAGACCGACUGA